AUGAAGGAAGCAACGGAAUUUACGGAAUCGAUCCUACACAAUUUACCAUCAGGAGAAAUUAGCGAAAAAGCUACUGCAUGUCAUAUAUUGAAGAAGUUGUUUGAAAAUCGAAAUUCAUCGUGCUUAUUUUUCGAUUCCACUCAUGGUGGAAACCUUCAUGAUGCAUCCGGACAUUUGACUGAGAUAGACUCAGAAGAUAGACCAUUUGUAUUGAAGCUGAAUAGUAGUGAAGGAUUAGGAGACAACAUAGGACAAAAAACUGACCACGGUGUGAUACGAUUUGUGCAAACAUUGAGUAAAACUCUUGAACAAGAACAAUCUCAUCCGGUUAUUGAAGACAUAAGGGAACGAUUAUCAAAAGCGCAUGAAAUCGAUAAAAAGUAUAUUUGUGUAAAAGUCGUGUUUGCCGGCACAUUUAAUGUGGUUUACACGGUGGAAGAUUUGGCAUCUCGUGUUGUGAAUUCCCUUUCGAAAGUUGUACAAAAACUAAAACAUCAAUUCAAACAAUUUCUGAGUGCAAAAAUUCAUCCAUUAUUAUUUCGACCGACCUUUGAUAUAUCAUUCUUUGAUAAACAAGGCAAUAGAACAUUUUCGAGUUCACCUGAGACUCAUCAAGUUGGCCCAUCAGGAAACACCAAGACAUAUACCUCACCUGCAGGAUGGACGAGAUAUGGAUUGAAAGUAUUAGACAAGUAUAAAGAUGGAAAUAAUUGGUUGCAUCCAUUUCAACAUUCUGGAAAUUGGUAUCGAGCGUUUCAUGGAACAGGAAGAGCAGAAGCAGUCGAUUUCGGUAAUGAUAAGCAGCUAUUCGACCAGCAAUAUACAUCUGUCGAUGCUGUUGCAAGUAUAUUUGAAAAUGGGUUUCGUCCCGCGAGAACCACUGCUUACGGACCUGGUGUUUACUGUUCUCCAAAUCCUAAGUUUCCUGAAAACGGAUAUGUUGCAGUUGUUGAAUUGGAGACCCAAAAAGGAAAGAAAAAGUUUGCAUGUAUGUUGCAAGUAGCUGUGAAUCCUAUUGGUGUCAAAUUUACCGCUGACAAAGACAUAUGGGUCGUACCUAAUCCUCAAGAUAUUCGACCGUACGGUGUACUCAUUAAAGAAGCUUGA